AUGCGUCAAAAAAGGGCGAAGGCCUACAAGAAACAGAUGCUGGUCUACAACCACACAUUCAAGUUCAGAGAACCAUACCAGGUCCUUGUGGAUGAUCAAAUAGUGUUAGAGACGAAUAAGAGCUCAUUUGACCUGCUAAAGGGUCUUAAGCGUACCCUGCAGGCAGAAGUAAAGCCUAUGAUCACGCAAUGCUGUAUGCAGAAGCUUUACGAUACAAAAAACCAAGAUGCGAUCGCCCAGGGAAAGCUGUACGAACGGCGGCGCUGUAACCACGUGAAGGAGCCGAAGGAGCCGAUUGAGUGUCUGCAGAGCGUUGUUGCUGUGAAUGGCCAGAACCGCCACAGAUACAUCGUCGCGUCGCAAGACAUUGCCAUACGCCGCGCGCUGAGGAAAGUUCCAGGUGUGCCGCUGGUAUACAUCAACAGAGCGGUCAUGGUCAUGGAACCCCUCAGCUCCACUAGCGAACAGGUUAGCCGUGAGGCCGAAAAGCAGAAGCUCUUCAAGGGCCUGAACGACCCCAAAUACACAGGGAUAGCAGAAAACAGUGCGCCCGCGGGAGCCCAGCCGGCGGAAGGUGCGCCUACGCUCAAGCGUAAGGGCCCCAAAGCCCCGAACCCGUUGAGCAUGAAAAAGCGCAAGGUGAAGGAGGAACAGCCCACUAGUGAUGCAUCCGAACAAAAGGCAGACGCCUCGAAAAAGAGGAGAAGAAAGCAUAAGAAGGCCACGUCCGCCGAAACACCAGCUGAGUCAACCUCAGACUGA